AUGUUAUUGGAUCAUAGGAAAAGACAAAAUGAAUCGGCGGACGAGGAACAAGAGUUCUCAGAGGUCUUUAUGAAAACCUACAGCUAUACAGAUAGUUUUCGUAAAUUCAAAAAUAAAGAAACCAUUGCUGCAGUUCGAAGCUUACUCAUGCAAAAAAAAUUACAUAAAUUCGAAUUAGCUGCUCUGGGUAAUCUUUGUCCCGAAGCACCAGAAGAAGCAAAAGCUUUAAUUCCAUCACUUGAAGGACGUUUCGAAGACGAAGAAUUGAGGCAAAUACUUGAUGAUAUUGGCACAAAAAGAAGUUUACAAUAUUAA